AGAUCCUCAACAAAAAUGGUGUCCAAAGUAAAUUUUGCAUUGUUUGGUUUUGGGAAUAUGGGUUUGGCCCAUAUGAAGAAUAUUCUGACAUCACCGAGGGCUACAGUGAAGUGGGUAGUCAGGAACAAAAUAGAGGAAGCUAAGAAGUUUGUUCAGGAUUACAACCUAGCAGCCCGAUGUACCACUCCUGACAGCUUGGAAGGACUUUACAAUGAUCCAGAAGUGAAUGCCGUUCUGAUUUGUUCUCCCACCUCUACACAUGAGCCAUUAAUCAGGGACUCCCUACUGGCAGGGAAAGCUGUGUUUUGUGAGAAGCCUAUUACAGAUGCUAUAGAUUCUACAGCAGCCUGCUAUGAUUUAGCGGAGAAACAAAAGAAACCAUUGUUCAAUGCCAUGCAUAGGAGGUUUGAACCAAAUUUUCGGGGUGUUCGAGAGAAGAUCAUGAAGAAGGAAUUGGGCAAUCUACGUUUGAUUAAGCUGACAAGCAGAGAUCUGGCUCCCCCACCUAUAUCAUACAUUAAAACUUCAGGUGGAAUUAUAUAUGACUCCACAAUACAUGACCUUGACAUGUCCUUGUGGCUGGCCGGGUCAGAACCAGAAUCUGUGUAUGUGAGCGCCUCAGCCUUUGACCCGAGUAUUGCUGGUUGUGAUGACUAUGACCAGGUGCUGGUCACCAUUAAAUUUAAGAAUGGAGUUGUGUCUUCUGUAGAGAAUGGAAGAGUGGCUCCCUAUGGUUAUGAUCAGAGGUUAGAGGUUCUCUGUGACAAAGGUAUGAUCAGUGUUGACAACCAGACAACUGGCCUGAUUACAGAGCACCUUGCUGGCGUGACGUCUGCCCCCAGGAUAGCUGAUCACUUCACGAGCAGGUACCCACAGGCUUACGCCGCCGAGCUGGAGCACUUUCUGGAUGUAUUGCAAGGAAAAGUAGAACUACAGGUGAAGAAAGAGGACACACUGAAUGCCAUGCGACUUGUACGUGCUUGUCAAAAAUCUAUCGCAUCUAAAGGACCAGUUACCAUAGAAACAGAAGUCUGAGAGAAGAUAUAGUUAGGCUUUAAAAAGUUAUUGUAUACAUUAAUUUAGUCUUUCAAAUAAUUUUUUUAAAACAUAUGUAGAAUGUAUCAGUAUAUUUACAUGUAGCAAAGAUUUGCUUUUCUGUGGAGAUUGCAGAUCAGGAAUUAGUGAGUUUUCCAUAUGAUGAUUCA